AUGGCAGACCUGAAGAAAUUACUGGCCACGACAAGAUUACUCGAGAAAAAGUUCAGGACUGACGUACCUGCUCGAGAUCGAUAUCCUCGCAGCAGAUCCGCGAUGGGAGGGCCCUGCCGUCAACUCCACCAGCGGAGGGCAGGGAGGGGCUUCACGGCUGGAUUCGCCAGAGGAGGAUCGCCGCUCUCCCUAGCGGCUCGGCCACAGGCAGCCGCCGCGCCCUGGCUGCGCGUCACCCCCUCAGACGCCACCAGCUCUUCCAGAUCUGGGCGGCGCGCCGUCGGUGGGGACGAGGAUGAACUCCAGCCGAACGUAGAGGGCGAUGAGGAGGAAGCAGGCUUCGGCGCGAACGCGAGCAGGGCCGCCACCGGCGAUGGCAUGGGGCCGACGAGGAGGAGGCCGUGCGCAAGGGGACCAGAGCCCCGCUGCCUCCGACGGAUCUCCAGUGACUCGGUGUCUCUGAAAGUCGUGAUACAUGAUCUGAUCCCAUGUAAUUGA